GCGACAAGCCCAAGAUCAUUCAAUGCAUAGGACCAGUGUCGACGGACUCCUCGACAAUGCCGCGCAAACCGUCGACACCGCUCAAGGUGAAGAAGAACCUUCUGGGUGAAGUUAAAAUCAGACAGUCAUGGAACAAAUACAACCUCUACAACCUGGCACGACAGAUGCCUUACUCGGGAAGAUCACAUAACUUUUUCAAACAAAAAUGGACAUCAAAAUCCCUGGCGCGAAACUACCAUGGUGAACAUAUCCGCGAGAAACAAUGGCUGCGAAUGUUCGACAGGAGGAUUCGGUCCGUGGUACCUAUGGAUGCAGAGUACUUGGCUUCCAAUGAUGGCUCUCUUGAAUCGGCUGGUCGUGGAUCCGGGUUGGAGGCAAGAGGGAAGCAGAAGACCGCAACACCAAUACCAUACAUGCAAAUGACCUUUGCACCGAUGGAGCGGAGAUUGGACACGGCCAUCUUCAGGGCCAUGUUCGCCAGUAGCGCUCGUCAAGCCAGGCAAUUUGUCGUACACGGAGCGGUCAAAGUCAAUGGCAAGCAGAUGCGAUACCCGGGGUAUCUGCUCAACCCUGGAGAUAUGUUCCAGGUUGAACCGCAACGAGUUAUGUGGGCGACAGGAGCACCCAAAGUCCCGCUAAAGGCGACAAAGAGCGAAGACGCUGGAGAGGAGGAUACUACUGGAGAAAUAUCAGCAGAGUCUGCCGAUGAGGAAAAGGCCUCUGAACAAGCUGCUGAAGAUGAUGUCGAUGUUGACAGAGAUCCUCGGGAGGUGCUCAAAGACCUACGAGCCAAAGCGAAGAGCAUCCUCGCGACAUCGAAACGAGAUAUUGGGGCGAAACGGAAGCAGGACCUUCGGGCGUUCUCCAUCGCCAUCAAAAAGCUGCUGUCACGAUCCGCAUCAUCGACAAUCCUCACAGACAGUCUGGAAGCUCAAUUUGCGGAAAUCCAACACCAGCUAAACAUCCGGAAGGAAAAUCAAGACGCCGGCGUGAGCAGUCUGCCUUCUGAGCCAAGUCCAAAGACAGGGACAGCGGCCGAAUCGGUUGCCCCAGAACCUAAGGAGGAGACUAUCCUGACCGACGCCGAUUACAACGAGCUCUAUGCAGCACUUCGCUCUAUGCAUGAGAACCCUGUCGAUGACUCCAAGCCUUACGCUACUCCGUGGAUGCCGCGUGAUUACAUGAGUGUAUUUGCCUUCAUCCCUCGAUUCCUCGAAGUCAACCACAACAUCUGCGCGGCAGUAUACCUGAGACACCCCGUUGCAAGACCAGGCUUGGCCGAGGUGCCCAGUCCCUACCAAGCUGAAGUUCAUAGUACAGCCUUCGCGUGGUAUUUGAGACGGAGAUAAAGGUCUAGCGUGAAUGCUGAGACGGACAUUUUGUACUACUACAGGCACUGCUGCAUGGCGAUGGGGGCUGGAUAGACUUGUGUACAAUGAGAAAAGUGUCUCAACCAUAAACCGGUCGUCUUUCGAAUUUCUAGGCAUCUCUAGCAUCUAUCUGCCUAGUAUCUACUCAUGAAAGUCUUACAAUUA